AUGGACGACGCCCCGCCCAAGCGCAAGUUCAACUUCCGCCAGGAGGCCAACAAGAAGCCGCGCACCGACCAUGGCGGCAGCGGCAGCGGCGGCAGCGGCAGCAGCGCGCUCAGGGCGGGCUUUGGCGCAAAGAUGAUGGCCAAGAUGGGCUACACGGGCCAGGGCGGCCUGGGCAAGGAGGGCGAGGGCAUCGCAGAGCCCAUCCAGGUCGUCCUGCGCGGGAGCAAGGGCGGCGUCGGCAUCGUGUCGGAGAAGAGCGACCAGCAGAAGCGCGAAGAGCGCCGCAAGGCCGAGGUCAACGGCGACGACUACGUCGACUCGUCCGAGGAGGAGCGUCGCGCGCGCAAGAAAAAGGCCAGCGCUGCCCGAGAGGCCCGCAGUGCAGCGCGCCCGCGCCCGAGGAAGACGCUGUUCGAGCUCGAGGCCGCAGGCAUGCACGUGCCGCCCGCCCUGCAGUCCAUCAUCGACGCGACCACGGGCGCCUCGACCCCGACAGCCAGCGUCUCCCUGCGCGGCAGCGGCGCCAUACCCUUUGAGAACUCGCUGCAGGCCCGCGUGCGCCGCGACCUCGACAGCUUCUCCGACGCCUUCGAGGCCCUGCAGCUCGAGUCGGGCGCCAUUGCGCCGCAGGAAUAUGGCCUGCAAAAGGAGCUGGACGCCCUGGACCGGCAGCUGGACGAGAUCCGGGACCUCGCCGCGAGACUGCAGUCCCUGCGCACGGCCACCUUUGCCCAGGUCUGCGACGGACUGAGGGACCUGCGCGCCGCCUACCCCUCGAAGCCGCUCCACCGCGAGUCCAUCGCCCUCCUCCACCCGCACUUUUCGCAGAUGAUGGCCGAGUGGUCGCCGCUAGAGGAUGCCCUCGAAGACGCUGCCGCUGCCUUGCUUGACCUGUCCAACGUCGUACAACCGCGUAGCAGGAGGAUUGCGUCCGACGCCUACACAUGUGCGUCCGACGCCUACACACGUCCGUCCGACCCGCCCAUCAAGCGCGGGACAAGCUCAUCCUACGAGACCAUGAUGCUCAAGCUGUGGCUGCCCCCGGUCAGCUCCGCUGUGACGCAGUGGCAUGUCAAGGAGCCCCGCCCGAUGCUGCAUCUCGUCCAUGUCUGGAGACGGGUGCUUCCCCCGUUCGUCGCCAAGAGGCUGCUGGAACAAAUCACCCGCAAGCUGUCCACCUCUGUGCACGAGUGGAACCCUCGCAAGUCCAAGUCGAGUCCGCACGCCUGGAUCCUCGAGUGGCUGCCACAUGUCAAGCCCGCCGACCUGGAUCCCAAGGGCUCUGGCCUCGUCGCCGACGUCAAGCGCAAGCUACGCCAUGCCCUGCAGUCCGUCGACUUGGCUCGCGGCCCGCUGGCUGGCAUGGAGCAGUGGACGAGAGUCUUUGGCAAGGCCGAGAUGGAUCGAAUGCUCACCAACCACCUCGUGCCGCGCUUCGCAAGCCACCUGCGGGACAGCUUCGAGAUCAACCCCGCCGAGCAGGACAUGGCGCCACUGGAGGCUGUCUUGGCGUGGAAAGGACUCGUGUCGGAUCAGACCCUCGGCGAGCUCCUCAAGGCGCAGUUCUUCCCCAAGUUCCUGGCCGUCAUCCACCAGUGGCUGUCCAGCGAAGCCGUCGUCUUCCACGAAGUGCAGGAAUGGAUCAAGUGGUGGAAGGAGACAUUGGGCGACGACAUCAACGCCCUGCCGUCCGUGGCGUCGUGCUGGGACGACGCCUACACGCUGAUCAACCAGGCCCUCGACCUGGGCGACGCAAGGCUGACCGACCUGCCCGCGCCGCGCGUCGAGAGCGUCCGAGCCUCACCCGAAGCCCCAGACCCGUCCAAGUCUGCCAACCCGUCCAAGUCUGCCAACAAAGAGCCACCUCGGCCAGCGGCAAAAGUCGAAGAGGCCACGUUCAAGGACGUCGUCGAAGACUUUUGCGGCGAAGAGAACCUGCUCAUGAUGCCCCUGCGCGAGGCCCACCACCUCACCGGUCUGCCUCUCUUCAGAAUCACGGCAAGCGCAACAGGCCGCGGAGGCGCCGUGGCAUACCUCCAGGGCGACGUGCUGUGGGUGCAGAACAAAAAGAACAAAACCCUGUGGGAGCCCACCGGUCUGGACGAAGCCCUGGUUGCAAAGGCCGAAGGGAACUGA